AUGGCCACCAUGGACGUCCUCUCCGCCAAGUUCCUCCGCUCCUGCCUCCACCCGCACGCCCCCUUUCUUCCCUGCCCAUCCCUCCCGUCCCGACGCUACCGCCAGCCCUUCUCAAUCUACUGCCGCCUCAGCACCUCCUCCCCCUCGUCCUCCUCCGCCGCCACCACAUCCGAGGGGGACGCAAACCAGGACCUUUCCGCCCUCCUCUCCGAUGAAUCCACCACCGCCGCGCCCGGCGCCGGUUCCAGGACGAAGCGGCCGAACAGCGGCGCGUCGAGCAUCCCGUCCGGGGUGCGGCUGGAGAACAUCUCCAAGUCUUACAAGGGAGUGACAGUCCUGAAGGACGUAUCCUGGGAAGUGCAGCGUGGGGAGAAGGUGGGGCUCGUUGGCGUCAACGGCGCCGGCAAGACCACGCAACUCCGCAUCAUCGCCGGUCUCGAAGAGCCCGACGGCGGCAACGUCGUCAAGGCCAAGGAGAACAUGAAGAUCGCCUUCCUCAGCCAGGAGUUCGAAGUCUGCGCCUCCCGGACCGUCAGGGAGGAGUUUCUCAGCGCCUUCCAGGAGGAGAUGGGCGUCAAGACCCGCCUCGACCAGGUGCAGGCGGCGCUUGAGCGAGCAACCGAGGACAUGGACCUCAUGGGGAGGCUCCUCGACGAGCUCGACCUGCUGCAGCGGCAAUCGCAGGACGUCGACCUGGGCAUGGUGGAUGUCAAGAUUCAGAAGCUCAUGCCCGAGCUCGGGUUUGUGCCGGAGGACGCUGACCGCCUUGUCGCAUCCUUCAGCGGAGGCUGGAAGAUGAGGAUGUCGCUUGGCAAGAUACUUCUUCAGGAUCCUGAUUUGCUUCUACUUGACGAGCCCACAAAUCAUGUCGAUUUGGAUACCAUUGAGUGGCUGGAGAGCUACCUUAAGAUCCAGGAUGUACCAAUGGUCAUCAUAUCUCAUGACAGGGCUUUCCUUGAUCAGUGUUGUACAAAGAUAGUGGAGACUGAAUUUGGGGUGUCGAAAAUGUACAAGGGUAACUAUUCUGAAUAUGUUCUAGCAAAGGCGAUUUGGGUGGAAACUCAACGUGCUGCAUGGGAGAAGCAGCAGAAGGAGAUUGAACAUACAAGGGAACUGAUAAGUCGGCUUGGGGCUGGAGCUAGCUCGGGGCGUGCUUCAAGUGAGCAAAAGAAAUUGGAAAAGCUUGAGAAAGAAGGGUUGAUUGAGAAACCUUUCCAAAGGAAGCAGUUAAAGAUCAGGUUUCCUGAACGUGGGAGAAGCGGUAGAACUGUGUUAGCAAUAAAUAAUCUCAAGUUUGGGUUUGGGGAUAAGAUAUUGUUCAACAAUGCUAAUCUAAUAGUUGAGAGAGGCGAAAAGAUAGCCAUUAUUGGCCCCAAUGGAUGUGGUAAGAGCACAUUACUGAAACUUGCUUUGGGAACGGAGAAGCCACAAGAAGGUGAAGUCAUUCUUGGGGAGCAUAAUGUCCUGCCUAACUACUUCGAGCAGAAUCAGGCAGAAGCUCUUGAUUUAGAGAAGACUGUACUGGACACUGUAGCUGAAGCUGCAGAGGAUUGGAAAAUUGAUGAUAUCAAAGGUCUCCUUGGUCGUUGUAACUUUAGGGAUGACAUGCUGAAUAGAAAGGUUCGGUUUCUAAGUGGUGGAGAGAAGGCGAGGCUUUCCUUUUGCAAGUUCAUGGUGACUCCGUCUACUUUACUAAUCUUGGAUGAACCGACAAAUCACCUCGAUAUUCCAUCAAAGGAAAUGCUUGAGGAGGCAAUAUCAGAAUACACGGGCACUGUAAUUACAGUUUCUCAUGAUCGGUAUUUUGUAAAACAAAUAGUUAACAGAGUCAUUGAAGUGAAAGAUCAAACUAUCCAGGACUAUCAAGGAGAUUACAAUUAUUACCUUGAAAGGAACCUGGAGGCGAGAGAAAGGGAACUUGCACGUGCGGAAGAGCUCGAGGAAAAGGCCCCCAAAGUAAAAGCCAAGUCAAAAAUGUCAAAGGCCGAAAAACUUGCAAGGAAGAAACAGAAAGUGCAGGCCUUCCAACAAAGCAAGCAGAAAUCAAAAUCAAUGAAAAACUCGAAGAGGUGGAACUGA